GUAAUCUAGCCAAUAUGGCUGCGUCCUUGACCGGCAUGUUUUGGUUUCAGUGAAAUGAUAAACAUGCGCUGUAGUUGCAAAUUUACGGAGAGGUUGAGUGUUAAUAGAGCCGAGUAAAGGGAAAAUGGAGAGACGACAGUUCGUCGCGUCUCUGGUGGUGCCUGUCUUCAGGCAGGAGGCUGUGCCGGGAUGUGCGUGGAUCUGACCCUGUUCCCAUUAGACACCAUUAAGACCAGACUGCAGAGUCAGCAGGGCUUCCACAAAGCAGGGGGCUUCGGGGGGAUCUACGCCGGGGUGCCGUCUGCCGCAGUCGGAUCCUUCCCCAAUGCCGCUGCGUUCUUUGUCACCUACGAGUGCACCAAGUCCCUCCUCGGCGCCAGCGGAGCUUUCGCAGCGCCGCGCGCGGCACCUGUCAGUCACAUGCUGGCCGCCUCCCUGGGAGAAAUAGUGGCGUGUUUGAUCCGGGUACCUACAGAAGUGGUGAAGCAGAGAACCCAGGCCUCUCCCUCAUCCACCACCUACAACAUGCUGCUGGCUACACUCAGAGAGGAGGGUGUUCGAGGUCUUUACAGAGGAUACGGCAGUACAGUUCUCAGAGAGAUCCCAUUCUCACUGGUGCAGUUUCCGCUCUGGGAAUAUUUAAAGGCGCGGUGGCAGCCUUCGUCACCACCCCUCUUGACGUGGCGAAGACCAGGAUCAUGCUGGCCAAGGCGGGCUCAGCCACGGCGGGCGGCAACAUCCCGGUGGUGCUCUGCGACGUGUGGAGGAGCAAAGGCCUUCCAGGGCUGUUUGCAGGCAGCGUCCCGAGGAUGGCCUUCAUCAGCGUGGGAGGCUUCAUCUUCCUGGGAGCGUACGAAAAGGUCCGCCGCGCUUUACUAUAGCGGGGCUUCACGGCACUAUCUCACACACACACACACACACCCACACACACACACCCACACACACACACACACACACACAGUGGACCCUCGGUGUCGCCGUGCAGCUUGGGGUACGCCACCAGCUCGGUGCCCCGAGGAUUCGAAGCUGACUACGUUACCCAGGAUGCAUUCCAGCAUUGCUGGUGGAUAACGUGGAAAAGACUCUAGCAGCAUUUAUGAUUCUGUCCUGUCAUUUUGGAAUGGAUUUUGGAAUUAAAGACUGUCUUUUAUACUUCUUGUGAUUUAACCCCCUCACCCCGUCACACUCUAGACUUCGGUCCUACAACAUUUAAUGUCCGUGUGUUUAAUGUUUUAUCCAUAUUUUCUUCUCUGUUGAGCUCAGCCACCUGCGCAAGAGACCCACCCGGGAGACGCGGCGAUAUGUCACCGUUGUUGCAUUCCAACUAGAGCAAAUCUGACCUCAUCCCACCUACCAGAGCCGUAUUUUUCCCCCCCCUCCCCCUGAGACGCCGCCAACAAUAGAGCACUUUGUUGAAUUAACAGGCCUGUGGGGUUUGAUGUGGAGGCUCAGCUGCUCCACAGGAUUCUUCACUACAGCUCGAGGUCUUUACCUGUCAUGACUUUAUUGUGUUGUGAGGUGGAAAACAUGGAAGGAACUGAAGGGAGGGGGAUUUUUAUUUUAUUUUUUUUGAAUGUGUUAAUUUUGCUGGAUUUAGAUGGUGGAAAAUGUAGGAUGUCCUCUGAAAGUCACAUUUGGGGGUAUUAGCAUUUUAGCAUCAAAUUUUUAGCAAGAAAUCAACUGCAGCUUGACUAGAUCGUGAGUUAAACCCACAAUGCAUCAGUUCAUACUUGCAGUUGUGCAUGGCCUAUAUGGUAAGUUGCGUUAGUAAAUGAAUAUUCGCUUGGAGAAUCGGGCACCGAAACUGGCUCUAGCGCAGCUGCUCACAUCCUUUAUAGAUCCCUGCCGAUGUUCUUUCAUUUCUGCAGAUCAGAUCGUGAUGUUUUGCUUUUUAAAAAAAAAAAAAUUUUUAAGUCCUUUAGCCUACUUCAUGCUGGCCUAUUUCAGUAUUUUUAUUAUUAUUAUUAUUUGUUAAUCGAAACGUUUGACCAGUCACAGACAAAUGGGCCCGUCUGUGUUUUUCUUCUCAGUCAAAUCGUCUUUGCUAAUUUUUAGUUUGCCAAUCUGAAACCGUUAAGGAGUAAAAUACUUUCCCACAAUGCCAUAUUACUGCAUCGAUAUGGCAUUUUUUUUAGAUUCCUAAUACGCUGCUGCGAUGAGAAACGCGUCUGGGCGCCAAGCUGGUCACAAAAGAAAUUCCUGAACAUUUGUCCUACUUGCGGCCCGGGCCAGGCAUGUGGCUUUGAUUCGGCCUGCGAAGGUUCCCGAGACAUCGGCUGCUGGGAUCCGCAACUUGCCGCGUGCACAUUUCAUGUCUGCGUUUGAUCCGGUUUCUACCUCGCUCCCCGCAAAAGCAGGUUGUUGUGACAACGGUGGAGGGCGAGACACGCGGAAGGGGAGAUUUUCCAGGUUUUGCGUGUAUCCGGUUGAAACCAACGUAUCUUGUUUUGUCAGAAUGAGAAAAAAGAUUUUAUGUUUAUCAUUUAGUCAAUGGAAAUCAUUUUUGACCGAUCUAAAACAAGAGAUUUAACUUGAGACUGGGGGAAAAAAACCUCUUUAUGUAAACUUUAGGUUCCAACUGUAUGUUAAAAUGUAGUUUCUUAUUUACAAGUUAUAUAUAAGCACUUGCUUUGUUUACGUUCCGUUUCUCCAGGCUCUGAUAUUGCUUGGUUCAAAAUAAGAGCAACAAAUGUGUCCUGUGCGUCAGACGGAGGAAGGGGCGUGGUCACGUUUACAUGCAGGGAGACAUUUUGGUGUUGGCGCCAGAGGUUUUUUUUCUGUCUUUCACGCGUCAGUGUCGAGAAAACCGAAAGGACGUGAAAGACAAUCAGAGCGUCACUGUGCUGCUGAGCAACAGUAGUCGGUGUGUGAUUGGUGGAGGCCACAGCCUGGAGUCUGUCAAUCACCUGGUGACAAUCAUCCAUCUGCAAUGCACAUCCUGAAGUCAACCUGCAGUCAAAAGCAGGAACGUCCAACAGGCCGCGGCUAGGAGAGGGUACAAAAAAACAAACACAAUGCCUGCUGUCUUUGGAGCUGCGAGGAGCCAGGAGACAUUCCUGCUGGAGGUUCAGCUUUGUUUCAUGUCGCAGCGAGCGCUUCAUUUGAACUGAUGACCUCUGCAUCACCACCGCAACAGGAGGGAGGAGAUCAGGACCAAACGCCAACUCAGCUCGAAACAGGGAAAAAAAAAACAACAAUAAAAAAACAGGCACAACACCGGCCAUCAUAGCAAAAUGUGAUUUUAUUAGACACUUAGAUGCCAUGUUAGACACUUCACUGUUUUUUUUUAAUUAUUAUUUUAGCUUUGACAUUGGUACAGACGCUUUGCUUCAAUAAAUUAGUCUCAGAACAUGAACUGCACCUCGCUCUCUCUCUGUCUAUCGUCCCUUUAGGGUGAAGGAGGGGGG